AUGACGAGGCGGCUAAUGAGUCGGCGUGGCAACAGCGCCAACCACUCUCAGGUGACGCCGUACCAGCAAAUAGAAUUGGACGAUGGCUGGCGAGAAUGGGAAAAUACCAAGCAAGAGCUCGUGUUGGUGAAGAGACAACUAGCCGAGAAGGAUGCACUUAUAGUGCAGUUGAAGACUGCAUCUCGCAGAUUAGAGGAAACGCUGCGCAAGAAAGAAAAAGAUUUGCAAGCUGCGUUCGCUAUAUUACGGUCACCUCAAGAUGCUAAGACAACCAAAACCCGCAAGCAGGAGCUGAUUGACCGCUUGGUCUCCGAAUGUUUACAGAAGGCUGCGACUUCUGAAGCGCUGGUAGAGGAACGAAGACGAGAGCUCGACAAACUGAAGUACAGCAGUAAAUUUCUUCGCUUUCAGGAACUGGAGAUUGAGAUCGAAGAGUGUCACACAGAGAUCGAGCGUCUUCGUGCAAAGUUGGCGUUGACAUCUGCAUCCUCACCGACAGCAAUCGUUGGGAAACUCAAAGUUUCGUCUGUGCCACUGACACCAAAAGAUACAGUAGCGAUCACUGGUACCUUGUCGAAGAAAGCCAAGCUGGAUCCGUUGGGCGUACAUGAAGAUAUUAGCCCAGAUAAUAGGCAAAAUGCGAAUGCCUCCACCAAUUUGAGCGCGACCAGAAUGCCCCCCGUCCAGACUGCUACAGGUCAAGUUCGUGUGGUUCCGCUCGCCAAGUAUCACCAACGAGAGGGUUUUGUCUCCAAAACCCGUAGACGAGCACUCGAAGCUGAAUAUUACAAGCAAGUUCGACUUGCACAGCUGGAAGUUGAGUGUGAAUUGGAGGAAAACCUGCAUAUUCGAGCAGCCCGGGAAGCAAAAAGACUUCACGCCGUCGAGCAGCAAGACUGGCAGAAGGAAACUAUUGUCGAUAGUGCAAGUUCUCAACACUCGACUACGGAAACUGGGACAAACAGCGAUAAACGGACUGAUGAUCGCGAUGAUCUACCACAAAUUGAAGCUAACUCUGGCAAACCGGAUACAGCUUCACAAGAAAUAGGCGAAAAUGAACAUACGAGUGUUGACUCAAUCGAUAAGGAAGUUGACAUAGCCACUAGAGCUCCAGUUGAGCAUUCAGCAGGAAACACUGCGCAAGCUGAGUCUGUCGAAACUACUGUGACAGUAGAAUCAGCGGAAAACCAAGUGGAGACAACUGAGGAAGGCAAUGGAAACGGGGAAGCUAGCGAAGAGUUACAAAAUGUGCAGAAGACGUAUGAGGACGAUGAAUUUGAUGAUAAUGAUGACAAUUCCAAAGAAACGGGCCCUGGAGGUGAAUAUAAUGGUUGGAAUGUGGAUCCGAACCCGCAGAACGGACACCAGUCCGAUAGCAUUGAGAAAAAAGAUGCCGAACUUAGCCAACAACCCGAUGACAGCGACGAUGGCAAUUCAAAAUCUGCGAUCUGGAAUGCUGAUCCCACAGCCUCUCCAGAAGCAGAUAUACCAAGUGAAGCUGAAGCCGACAGAGUGGUGUGGAACGCAGAUCAUCAUCCUGGAGGCUCAGAUGAACCGAUGGACGAUGUAUCCGUUGUCAAUAGCGAUGACGAAGGUCAUGCAUAUGACGAUUCAAAGGAAUAUGAUGGAAAACAUGACGAGAUCUCCAAAGACACAAGAUCUGUAGGCGAAUAUAAUGCUUGGAACGUGGAUCCGAAUUCACAGAGCGAUCGCUUGACCGAUAGUAAAAAUACCGAUCUUAAUCAACAAGCCGGGAACAACGAAGCUGAUGUCGACAGGGUUGUGUGGAAUGCGGAUCCACAUGUUGACGGCUCAGAUGCAGUAAAGACUGAUGCAUCGGUUGUCAAUAGCGAUGAGGAAGACCUCGCACAGGAUGAUUCAGUGGAACACGAAGAUCCAAUACCGAAGAAGGACAAUCCUGCGAGCAAUGCCUGGAACUUAGAUCCCAGCCCUCCCGUCCCCACUGAUGCAAACCUCGCAGACUCAGUGGCUUCAUAUGAAGCGGAAGAGCAAAGUCCAAACGUUAUUGACACCAAUACGGAUGUAAAUGUCUGGAAUGUAAACCCGAUUCCAGCGUCAGAUCCCACUCAUACAGCUGAAAACAUGACGGAGGCGAUCGAUGGCGGACGCCCAGCCGUAGCGGAUCAGCCUGGUUGGAAUAUUGACCCUGAUCCUGCGGCUGCAGCAGCUUCAAACCCUGAGGUACCUGCACCACAUAAAGACACUACUGAUGACUACCGAGCAGAACUUGUUGAAAACAACCCCGACGAUAGUAACGCUAUAGUAGGUUCCAACCCCUCGGACUCUGCGCCCGACGAGGAAAAUGACGAAAAUCCGUGGAAUUUGGACCCCACCUUAGCACCAUCAAUCACGGAGGAUAAGGGCGACAACGAAGACCCGUUGCAAAAUGGAGAAUUACCCUUAUCAGGAGCUGCUGAGCUGUCUUCUAGGGUUGGAAGCGCACAGGGUGAUUCAGACCACGGCGCUGUCGAUCUUGAAGAAGACACAAAUAAUGCCUGGAAUCUAGAUCCAACUGCCCCCACUGCCGUCCUAAUGCCUGAUGUGGAUGGUAGUAACUCUCCUAGUGGUGAAGAGGUAAUCGAGAGAAAUGUGUGGAACUUAGACCGACACACUGGAGAUGCCAGCGAAGCUACGGACACAUUCAACGAAGCAACAGGCCUGGAAACUACACAGGAAGAUGAGGUUGCACCAAUCCCACCAACGGUGGCAGACGCACUCCCAGCGGGUGCCGGUGAAGAAGGCCCCACUCCAAUUUAUCAAGAAACACCUGACGAGUCUUCAAACGAUCCAGAUACGCCAGUUAUUGACGGUGAUGCCGAUAUGACAGCAGCUUCUGAACCCAAUAGCGAGGCUAGUUAUCAUAGCUCCCCUCGAGAGCUCGAAGACGACGCUACUCCAGAGUACACGCCGCCGUCAACUGAACGCGACUCAGAUGCAGACGACGACUAA